ACCGUAUGUAGACUAGACAGCAAAAACCCGCAUUAUCAUGGAAAAAAUAUCAUUCGAAUGGCCAAUUCAAAACUUUUCCAGAUUACCUAUAAAUAGUGUUCUAUAUAGUCAUGUAUUUUCUGUCACUAUUCUGGAGUCUUGCCGGUGGAAUUUAAAGUUUCACAUGCGCAAAGAGGGCAUAGAUGGUAGAUUUUUUGAUAUUUUCCUUUGCAAGCUGUAUGAUACUCAAUCCCAACGAAUUUUCGUAAAAAGCAAAAUAUCCUUCGACGGGCCUUCUUUUGAGAAAGUGUAUACAUUCGAAAGAAAGAAAAAGUGGAAAUGUGCACAGUUUUUCCGAAGAAUUUCUCCAAAACCAAAAGGCGACAUGUUAUUACUCGAUUGUGAAUUUAAAUUUUCGAACGGCAGUCAUUCUUCGGAGAUCGUGAAGUCAUCUUUCGCAUUUGUAUCCUCUAUUAAUUGCCAUUCUUUCAAAAAUGACUUUCGAAACCUUUACAGAAGUGGAACGUUAUCGGACGUAAAUAUAGUUACCGGUUCGAAAACAUUCCCGGCACACAAAUUUAUUCUAAGCGCUCGAUCUCCGGUGUUUUCUAGAAUGUUCUUGACCAAUAUGAGCGAGGCGAACAAGAACAUUGUUGAAAUUUCAGACAUCAAUCCUGAUAUAAUGGAUGACCUACUUUUAUACAUGUAUUCUGGUUCCUUGGACAGUAGACUGUGCAAAACUGUUGAGGAGCUGUAUGCUGCAGCCGAUAAAUACGAUUUACAUGCACUGAAGAAAAAGUGUUCCUGCUAUCUGAAAUCGAGAUAUCUUAAUACCACUACUGUAAGCAAUGUCCUUCAGAUAGCCUGUUUGCAUUCAGAUGAUGAUUUGUACCAUAGUGUAUUAGAAUUUACCAAUAAGCAUGCAGAAGAUAUAUUUUCAAGCCAUGAAUGGAAGGAAUUUGUAGAAAAUAACAUAGCAGCAAAACUGUUGCAAGAUUUGGUAAAUAAACGAAAAUAGAAGAAGGAAUUAUUUAUUAAACUUUCUUUCCAGUCUCAGUUUAAAAACAUUUUUAAUAUAUGCCGAAAAAAGUGUCCUUGGUAAGUAACGAAAAAUCAUAAAAAUGGUUUGAAUCUAGCAAUGCUGAUUUCUUUUUUUAAUAUGGAACGUGAAAAUGGAAUUUACCUGCCUUUAAUUGAAUAAUUUCAUUAACAUCAAAAUUCAAGCACAUGGUUGAAAAUUGAAGGAAAUUUCAUUUUCUAUUUAAUGCAGACUUUUAUUAAUUUCUGUUGUACUUAUGUAUUAUUUCGUCGACUGCUGGCGGAAAUUUCGGCAACGGUUACCAGUCUCCAUGUUGACUGGGAAAUGCUAGAGGAGGCAAUCAUCCAUUAUUGGCGUUAAAUCGCUCUAUUUCGC